GAACUGCGAGGUCCGUCAGUCAGGUGCAGACAGUUGACGUGUUCGGUUGACAAAGGCGGAAACGUGCACUAGUUUAUUUGGCCAAAUAAAAAAUAUCAACUGACACACACAGUGCGCUUGAGAGAGCAGGACAGCAGAAGCAGCGGUCGAGAGCGAGAUUCCAGAUAGCCAGUUAAAUAAAAUAAAUAACAAAAACAAGAUACAAAAAACAGCAGCGAUGUCAAGAGCAACUAGAUAAAUGAUAAAUAAAAAUGUGUAAAAUAAUUGCGACAACUACUGGCAAAUAGCAAAUAGAGCAAGACAAACAGCAGCAGCAGCAGCAACAACAAGCGCCUGUGUGUCCGUGUGUGUGUGUGUGAGCGAGCGAGAGAGAGAGAGAGCGAGAGCGCGCGAGUGUGAGUGUGUGAGUGCUUUGUACAUGUGCCAGUGUCUGUGUGCGUGUCACAUAUCAGCAGAAGAAAAAUCAGCGGCAGCAGCAGCAGCAGGAAAAGCAGCCAAGAAGCAGCAGCAGCAGCAGUGGAAAAGCGCGCAGCCAAGCAGGAAAAUUCGUAAACCAAGUUGGCAGAGGAAAAGCAGCGAGCCAGCGAAGGAAAAGCAGCGCAGCAGCAGCGACGCUAGCAGAAGGUCGCACCGCCCACCACAAGGAGGAGGAGGAGGCUGUCACGCCGCCCCCAACACUCAACCACAUCCAGGAAGCAGGACGCACACCAAAUACACCAACCACAUCACUAAAAUCCCCAACAUGGGCAGCGGACAUUAUUUCUGGGCGAUCUUAUACUUUGCCAGCCUGUGCAGUGCUUCACUAGCAAAUAAUGCCAAAAUAAAUUUCCGAGAAAAGGAGAAAAAAGUCUUAGAUCAAAUUUUAGGUGCAGGCAAAUACGACGCCCGUAUACGACCAUCCGGAAUAAAUGGCACAGAUGGUCCCGCCAUAGUCAGAAUCAAUCUAUUCGUACGCAGUAUUAUGACGAUUAGUGAUAUUAAAAUGGAGUACAGUGUGCAGUUAACCUUCCGUGAACAGUGGACGGAUGAACGCCUCAAGUUCGACGAUAUCCAGGGUCGCCUGAAAUAUCUCACCCUAACGGAGGCAAACCGCGUGUGGAUGCCCGAUCUUUUCUUCUCGAACGAGAAGGAGGGACACUUCCACAACAUCAUCAUGCCCAAUGUGUAUAUUCGCAUCUUCCCCAACGGCUCAGUGCUAUAUAGUAUACGUAUCUCGCUGACAUUGGCCUGUCCAAUGAACUUGAAGCUAUACCCGCUGGAUAGACAGAUCUGUUCACUUAGGAUGGCUAGCUAUGGCUGGACCACCAACGACUUGGUCUUCCUGUGGAAGGAGGGCGAUCCCGUGCAGGUGGUGAAGAACUUACACCUACCUCGCUUCACACUGGAGAAGUUUCUGACUGAUUACUGCAACAGUAAAACCAAUACUGGUGAAUACAGUUGCCUCAAAGUCGAUCUACUAUUCAAGCGAGAAUUCUCAUAUUACUUAAUACAAAUUUAUAUACCAUGCUGUAUGUUGGUCAUUGUAUCAUGGGUAUCAUUCUGGCUGGAUCAAGGAGCAGUGCCGGCGCGUGUGUCACUGGGUGUGACCACCCUACUGACCAUGGCCACCCAGACGUCGGGCAUCAACGCCUCACUGCCGCCCGUCUCCUAUACGAAGGCCAUCGAUGUGUGGACAGGCGUGUGUCUGACGUUCGUGUUCGGGGCCCUGCUCGAGUUCGCCCUGGUGAACUAUGCAUCCCGUUCAGGUUCGAAUAAAGCUAACAUGCAUAAGGAGAAUAUGAAAAAGAAGCGCCGUGAUCUGGAGCAGGCCAGUUUAGAUGCCGCUUCAGAUCUGCUAGAUACAGAUAGCAAUGCAACGUUCGCAAUGAAACCGCUAGUACGUCAUCCGGGCGAUCCAUUGGCCCUGGAGAAGCGGCUCCAGUGCGAGGUGCACAUGCAGGCCCCGAAGCGACCCAACUGCUGCAAGACCUGGCUAUCCAAGUUCCCAACAAGACAAUGUUCUAGAUCCAAGAGAAUCGAUGUUAUAUCGCGGAUCACCUUCCCGCUGGUCUUCGCCCUGUUCAACCUGGUCUACUGGAGCACAUAUCUCUUCAGAGAGGAGGAGGAUGAGUAAAUGCCGUUACCUAUUGCCAAAAAAACCAAUUACUUUAUAGAAGAGUUGGCGCUAUUGGCCAACACGAAUGUACUAACCUAUUUCUUUUUUUCAUUCUUUUCCAUUUCGGUUGUCUUCAUUUCAUGCUUUGUGUUGUAUGCUUAUGGCUUUGUUGGCUUCAUUUCGAAUUUGAUUGAUUUCUUGAUUGACACCUUGAUUGAAUGGUUUUAACCACUAAAGGACCUUCUAAGGCGCGUCUCUGAAAUCCAGUGGCUAUGUAGAAUCUAAUACGAAAUUAACUAAUUAUACCAUUAACGAGAUCGAGGAACACUAUCUGCUAUAUAUAAAUAUAUAUAUAUACCUACUAUAUAUGUAUGGUUAUGUCUCGGAAAAGUGCAGUAUAGUUAAGAACGGUAUCCGGCAAGGCUCCAUGGCACUUCCACUAAAGAAAAACGAAUAAUGUUUUGAUGAAAUGAAUGGCAAAAUUCUAGUUAAUUGUAAGUUAAAUUGAUCAAGAGUGACUGCAUAGUAGAUAAUGUUAUGAAUAAUGAAUACGAUACACACACACACACACCAACACUCACACCACAACACUUGUUUGACUUGAUUUGUUUUUGAGGAUGCUCCAAAUUGUUACAAAUUGAUUAAUUAUUUUAGCUGGUAAUCGACGAUAAUCGAGUUUUGUUCCGGACUCUAGCUUAGUUCUAAACAAAAUUGCAAUUGAUUUGUACUUAAAUGCGUUAAGUUAGUUAAGCCGCAAAGAGCGAGGUCGGAGGUCGUAGAUGAUUCGACGUUUUGUAAAUAUGUCAUACAAUAAGUUUUAAGCGAACUAGUUUAAAUCAAUUCUAAUUGUAAAAAGCGUGUAGAUAAAUUUAAGUUUAGUCGAUAAACGAACAACUAACCGAAGCGAGAGAAUCUAGGUAAAUUCUAUUUAAUUAUGUUCACCAUCGAAGUAAAUAAAAAAUCGAAAACGAAUCGAAAAUAUCGAAGAAUCCUUCAAAGCACACAGAAAACCAAAAAAACAGAAUUUUUAUUUUCCCAUUAUUUGCCCAAAGAAAAAACUCUACUCUUAACUGAUAAUAAGUUCACCUGAAACUGAAACUAAAACUGGUGGGUAUUUGCAAGUUAUUUUUAUCUAAACCUUAUUAGAAACUUUCUUAAUUAUUUCUAUAAAUAUAACUAAGUACGGCUUGCUUUUGAUUUUAGAGUUGAAUUUUUAUAGUAGUUAAAUUGUUCUUGUACUCGAAGAGGGUUAAUUAAAGCCCUCUAAUUCUGAUUCCUGUUUGGUUUGAAUCCUUAGAAUAUUAUAAUAAAUUUACAAUCAACUAAUUAUGUAUUGGGUCGCCAGAGGCCACUUAGCUAGUUAAUUUCCUUAAUUAGAUUUACAAAAUAAAAAUUAUACAACAUGCCAACCAUAAACCAAUUAACAGACAAUACUAAAUAUUUUAUCAUGUAGUAGAAGUCCCUAACGAAAACUUAAUGAAUACUACACAUAAACGUAUCGAGAUCAGUAUUAUAAGCCAUAAAUUAGAUCAAGAUCAAGAUCUUGAUGUACGAUUCUUUUCAUAUCCAAGAAAUAAGAAAUACCUUUGGUUAUUUAAGUGCCUUUUGUAUGCCAAGGAGACUUCUCCCCACACUUUCUUCCCUCCUCAAGCUCUCUCUCUCUCUAGCUCUCUCUCUCUCUAUUUUCCUCUCUUUUAACUAAAAAUAUUAUCCUUAUCCUUUCACACUGAAAAUAUCAAUCCCAACUAGAGAAAUGCACUAACCGACACCAUUAACUAUGCAGCUCUAAUUUUAGAAUUAUGAAUAAAGCGAAUUCUACAUAGCAACAACAGAAACAGAACCAGAACCAGAACCACAAUAACAACUUAAAUCCUUCAGAUAAAAUCAAAUAAAAUAUAUAUUUUCGUAGUUUUCUAAUAUUUUUUAAUUAACUUGAAGCCUGUUUUAUUCUCAUGAUUGUUUUUAAAUAUUAUAUUUUUUGGUUUCGGAAAUGCUUUUUCGUUUGCUAUCAUUUAUAAUCUAAAGGUAAGAAAUUAAACGUAAAAAACGAAAUCAAAAAUCAAUUGAAACUUAUUCUAAUAUAUAUAGAGACACUACACAAAGGCACCCUGCAUAAUAAUUGUUGUCAUUAAACAAGCGUCAUAAGUACGAUCAGAACAUUAAGAGAAAAAACAAACCGAAAAUCGGAUAAUAUUUAUAGAUACUUUCAUGUUGUAAAAGUUGUGCCAAGCAAAAUGAGAAACCAAAAAAAAAUAGUCAAAGAAUAUCGAAAGAGAUCGCGAAUUAUAACUAUAACUCUAGGCUAUAGUUGUAUUGUAUAUGAAGCUAUUGAACAUACAGGGUUUUUAAAUGUGAGCAUAUAGUUGAUGAACUUGAAAAAGAUUCAGAAAAAAUGAAAGAAAGAAGAAGGAAGAAGCUAAUUGAUUGAAAUGCGUUGAUUGAUGUACUAGAAGAAGAAAAAUAAUCACAAUGAUGGUAAAGGAAGAAAAAAACAAUUAAAUUAGAUCAUAAAGAACAAUGGGUGGGCGAAACACUGAUUUCGGCAUUUAUUUUUAGUGGAAAAACAUACUUAGGUUGUGUGCUGCUCUUCGUUUGCCGUUCUCCAAUUCGGUCAAUUAUCAUUUUUUUCCCCGGCAAAUCGUUUAGCAGCGGCAGUCCAGUUCAAUGUAAAUAGUUUGGGUCAGAACAUGUAAAUGUCAUUUAAUGGUUAGGUUAACGAGAAACACAACUACGGGAAAUCGUAAACACGAAAUGUGCACAACUUUAUAUAUAUAUAUAUAUUAUAUAUAGAUGCGUUCCAAAAAGACUUAAAGGUUUUGAUUAACAAAAGAGAUGCAUAGAGAUUAAAUCAUUUACCAAUGCGAUGUAAACACGAGAUGAAGGUCAAGUUGAAGAUGAACUAUGCGAACGAGUAGAUCCUAAGUUAACGUAUGUGUAGUUCUUAAGAGGCAGUUCGAGAAAAAAAAACAGACUAGUUAAAAAGCAUUCACAUAACUAAGCUACUAAGCGCCACGGCAAAUUGCAUUCACCACCCACUAUCUGAACUCACUUGAACCACUCACUAACUCAAUCACUCACUAACCACUUACACCACCCACUCGAUGUUUAAUCUUUGCUAACGACACGAAGAAAAUCAAAAAGACACCCAAAUCGAAGUCAAAAACAAAACUAAUCUUUGCACAGUUUGAAGGGGCAAACGAGUUUGAGUAAUUGCAAGUUAAAAUUUAGAUAAAUCAUAACACAUAUCUUCCAAAACCAAAAAAGAAAAAAUGAAAAUAUGGGCGACUCAUGGCCCUAUUAAUAACAAUCAAGCAACUCAAACUAUAAUUUCUAGAGAAGAAGUGUAAAUAUACUAAAAACGACAAACAAACCAAAUCAUUUGAAUCGAUGGCGAUCGAAUAGCGAAUCAAUAAACACUGCAAAUCACCUUACUUUAUAGAGCUAAGUCAGGACAUGCACAUGAUCCCCAUACAUGAGAGGAUUUAGCAAAGAUCACUCACCCACACAAAGACACACAAGUUUAGUCUUUAAGACCGAAUCGAUUCGGAAUUUGACAUCGCAUGAACUCCACUGAAGUGCAAUCCAAUCCAAUCCAAUCCAAUCCAAUCCUGGAACAUAACCCAAAAGCCCAGAAAGAAACAACGCCAAAAACCACAAAACAAAUGAAAUUCUAAACGUAAACAUAUAGACCCGGCUAAUAACACAUCAAGGCCGUCGGUGAGAAAUUUAAACAGCAAAUCAAAUGCCUAAGUGAAAGAUUAGUAGCAUAAUUUUACAAAAAAUAGUUGAAAUAAUUGUUGUCACCCGAAAGGAAGGAAAAUCCUAAAAUGGAAACCAGGAAACAAAAACGAAAUAAUUGUGUAAAACCCCCAGAAUAAUGAUGUUUGUGAAAUGUUUAUAAAUAAAUGAUGCAAAACGAAAUGAAA